UCUGUGGCAAAUAUAUAUGAAGUCUGUCUGCAAACCGAAGCCUUCCACAAAGCAUACCAAGUAGCCUCCCCAGCAGGUAACAUCGAGACCAACUUAGAAGAAAACCAGUUGGAAGAGAGAGAGAGAGAGAGAGAGAGAGGAGCAUGGGGAGAGCUCCAUGCUGUGACAAGGCAAAUGUGAAGAGAGGGCCCUGGUCACCUGAGGAAGAUGCUAAGCUCAAGGAGUUCAUAGACAAACAUGGCACUGGAGGCAACUGGAUUGCUCUCCCUCAAAAAGCUGGCCUUAGGAGAUGUGGGAAAAGCUGCCGCUUGAGAUGGCUGAACUAUCUAAGACCAAACAUAAAGCAUGGAGAGUUCUCAGAUCAAGAAGACAAGAUUAUCUGCACCCUGUAUGCUACAAUUGGAAGCAGGUGGUCGAUAAUAGCUGCUCAGUUACCAGGCAGAACCGACAACGACAUCAAGAACUACUGGAACACCAAGCUCAAGAAGAAGUUCACGGGCUUACCCUUGCUUCCUCACCACCCUUCUCACCAGCAGAGAACGCAACAAAACGCCAUCAUCACUAGCUUCACAUCACAUGCUCAUCCGCUCCUCUCUUCUUCUUCUCCAACCCCACCACCAUCAUCAACCUUGUCACCACCAUCACAAUCCUCCCUCUCCAACAGCCACUACUUCGCCUCCCUCACAGGCCUUGAACAGUCCGUCUCUUAUUACUCUUCAAGCCCUAAUCUUCAGCCACAAGAGAGCUUCUUGGGCUCCAUGAGGCAGUAUGAAGCUAGCUGUUGCAGCUCCUCUGAUGGGAGUAGCAGCAGCAGCACCACCAACAACAACAACAACCAAAUCUGCAGCCUUGGGAAGGAGAGAGAGUAUUAUGACUUCUCGCUGUGUGGAAAUGGCGCUGAUGAUCAUCCCAUGGGUUUUCCAAGAAGUUUCUGUUCUGGGGUUGUUGAUGGUGGUCAAAGACUUGUGCUUGGAAGCGUUGGUGGGUGGAGCCAAGAGAAACAAAGCUGUGAUCAGACAUGGGGCGCUGAAAAUCCUUCAGAUUACGCAGGCCUCGAAGAGAUCAAGCAGCUCAUCAGCAGUGCUAGUAAUUGCUCAAGUAAUAACAACAGCUUCUUAUGGUAUGAGGGCAAGAGUGAUCAUGACGGAGUGGUGAUGUACUACUGACGAAGAUGAUUGACUGUGAAAUGAGUGUAAAAUCACAGAGAUUUGGGAAGUGGUAUGGGAAAAAGAUGAUUUGGGGUUGAAGUUGAAGAGAUUCAGAUUUUGUUUGUGUCCUGGGAAACGAACAAAUUGACUGUACAUGGCAAAAGUUUGUUUUUCCUUAGAGAACUGUGUUCCUUUUCUGGGAAAUCAUGUAUGCAUGUCUUGAUCUACCACCAAGGAAAAAAGUUAAUUGCUCCAAUCAGAAAUAAAUGUCUUGGAAAUCAGAGAAGCCAUCAUUUAAGAAUCAACAUGGAAGUCAAGGAUGUUCAGUAGUUUAUGUGAUAAAUCUCAUCAAAGAAAAGUUUCCCUUUAUGCUAAAA